AUGGCUGAGGCACAAGGCAAAUGGGUUAAGUUGGAUCAGAAAGGAAUUGGACCUGGAGCAAGAAGCUCCCAUGCCAUAACCAUAGUUGGACAAAAGGUUUAUGCUUUCGGAGGUGAAUUCAAGCCACGUGUCCCGGUCGAUAACGAUCUGUAUGUGUUUGAUCUGAAUGAUCUAACGUGGUCUGUUGCUGGUGGAACCGGCGACAUUCCCCCUCCCCGUAUUGGUGUCACUAUGGCAGCUAUUGGCGACACCAUUUAUGUGUUUGGUGGUAGGGAUGCUACACACAAGGAGCUCAAUGAGUUAUACUCUUUUGACACUUGUGCAAACAAGUGGACCCUACUCUCUAAUGGGGACACCGGUCCCGCUCACCGGAGCUACCACUCGACCACUGCCGAUGAUCGGCGCCUGUAUGUCUUCGGUGGUUGUGGUGUCUCUGGCCGGCUUAAUGAUCUAUGGGCUUAUGAUGUUGUUGAUCAAAAGUGGCUCAAGUUUCCUGUGCCUGGGGAGAAUUGUAAAGGUAGAGGUGGAACUGGGCUUGCUGUGGCCCUAGGAAAAAUUUGGGUUGUGUAUGGUUUCUCUGGUGUUGAGCUUGAUGAUGUUCAUUAUUUUGAUCCUGUUGAUGAAAAGUGGGUCCAAGUGGAGACAAGUGGCGAAAUGCCAACAGCUCGAAGCGUAUUUUCAACAGUUGGGAUUGGAAAGUACAUAUUCAUAUAUGGUGGAGAAGUGGAUCCUAGUGAUUUAGGUCACCUUGGUGCAGGGAAAUUUACUGGGGAUGUCUAUGCAUUGGACACAGAGACAUUAGUGUGGAAACGAUGGGAGGAUGGGUCGGACUCCGGUGGUCAUCCGGGGGCUCGAGGGUGGUGCGCGUUUGCGGCCGGACAACGCGAUGGCCAAGAGGGACUGGUGGUGUAUGGUGGCAAUUCAGAUAGCAACGAUAGGCUUGAUGACAUUUUCUUUUUCACUCCUUGUGCUUGA